AUGCCCCUACCAAGACCAGAAGACCUGCUAGAAAAUGAUCUUUCACCUGAAGAGAAGCCCGACACGGACGAGGACGAAGAGGACGACUACAUGAACAUGACCUUCGAAGAGCCAACGACAAAGCCAGCGACGGAGACGUAUUCCCAGAGACGAACACGUAUCCAACGAGAGCAAUUCGAGAAAUCACAAACAAAAUCGCAGAAGGUUAUCGAACAGGAGAAACGAGAGGAGGCUCUGAGGCAGUCGUUACUAGAGAAGGAGGAGCACAAGGAGAGCAAAGCGAUGAAGAUGAUGAAGAUGAUGGGAUACAACGCUGGCGAGGGCUUGGGGAAGACUGGGGUAGGCACUACAAAGAGAGUGGAGCCAAUAUCAAUUGAAAUGAAAGAAAGUCGAACUGGUAUCGGGCAUGGAACAGCCGUCAAGCGCAAGCUUCAGGAGGUAGCGGAGGAUGCAAGGAAGAAGCAGGUGGUAGAGGAAGUGGACUACCAAGAUAGGGUACGGGAGGAACGUGAACUACGACAGACCGAGGGUCGUAGCCGGGCUGCACAGCGAAUGUGCGAAGCCCUUGCUUCUGACGAGGAAAUGAAUCAACGUAGGGUCAACGUUGUAUGGAGAGGCUUGGUGAGAGAACGAGUAAGAAAGGAAAGAGAACGUCUCAUGCGUGAGCAGAUGAUGGAAAGACGACCAUUCCACAAUGUUGAAGACGAAAAUCAAGACGAAGAAGGAGGUUCUAAAGUAGAGGGCGCCGUGGAGGUAGGCUCCGCCGCAGACAAGGAGAUCAGCAAUGUGGAGCAGGAGGGUGAGGAAGAAGAGGAUGCCGAGCUGGAAGAGUUCGAAGCUCUUCCUCCGCCAGAGCAAUUGGAUCAAGUGCUUGGCUUCCUACGGGCUUCCCACGCAUACUGUUUCUGGUGCGGGCACAAAUACGAAAACUCUGAAGAAUUGGCAGAGAAGUGUCCUGGAGAAAAGGAAGACGACCAUUAG